AUGUGGGAGGACUACUUCUCGGUGCAAAUCUUCUUCAUUAUACUUCGCGAGACUUUGGAGUCGGCCAUCAUUGUGUCGGUGCUUCUUUCGUUCCUUCAGCAAAAUUUCACUUCGAAAGAUGAACAUGGCGCACUUGUGGUCCAAGGAUCAGCCUCUGUCUAUCGGGGUUUAGUGCUUCAAGUUUGGGUGGGCGCGCUUUCCGGUUUGGCAAUUUGCCUCUGUCUUGGUACGAUCUUUAUUGCUGUUUUCUACCUUGUGGGAAGCGAUCUCUGGUCUGUUGCUGAGCGGGUUUGGGAAGGCGUGUUCAGCAUCGUCAGUGCGCUCAUCAUUGCUGUGAUGGGAAUGGCUCUUUUGCGCGUAAACCAACUACAAUCCAAAUGGAAGUGGAAGCUUGGUGCUGCCCUGAAUGAAAAUGACGAGGAUAUGCUCCAGGACUUCGAAGAUGAACCUAUGUCCGAUUACUUGACCAAGUCUGUGAAAGUGCGCGCAAAACUUAGAAGGUUCACCCGCAAGUACGCUUUGGGGAUUCUGCCGUUUGUGACUACACUUCGUGAGGGCUUGGAGGCUGUUGUGUUUGUGGGAGGCAUCGGUGUCAACCAACCGAUAUCUUCUUUUCCACUGGCCAUCGUUACCGGCGCGCUUGCGGGCACAGGAAUCGGCGUCGUCUUGUACAAGGGAGGAAAUAAGAUGUCUCUGCAGUUCUUCCUUGUCGUUGCCACAUGUUUCCUCUACCUUGUCGCUGCAGGCCUCAUGUCGAGAGGGGUUUGGUUUUUGGAGCUCGAACGGUUUGUUCAAAAAUGCGGCCAGGACACUUCUGAGACCGGCAGCGGGCCAGGAUCCUACGAUAUCACCAAUUCUGUGUGGCACGUGAACUGCUGCAAUGGACUUACGGACGGUGGAUGGAUGCUAUUCAACGCGCUACUUGGUUGGACAAAUUCUGCCACUUAUGGAUCUGUUGCGUCGUAUAUUAUAUUCUGGUGCUUUGUGAUCGGCCUGAUAAAGAGCAAAGAAAUGAUUAAUACAAACGGCUACUUACCAGGAAUACCUUUGCGUUACCAGCUGGAGAGUAUAAAGAAGAGAAUCGCCAUCGAUCGGGUCUUCUUGGAGGAGGGUGUACAGGACUACCAUGACGUUUCCAGCAACCACAGCGUCGACCAGGUGGCUGCUGUCAACGAGCAGAGCACCCUUUUGCAUACCUCCGAUAAUUAA